AUAUUUUCCAUUUGUUUGCAGCAAGAUGUUACUCCUUGUGGUAUGUGCAGCCUUAUUUGUGCUAACAGAGCAGACUUAUGAUCAGACUGCAUCGUGUCUGAUGAAGCUUCAUAACGAUGUCGAUGGGAUUGAUAUUGGAAGAGUCUGGUUCUCAUCUACACCGGGAGAGAAACAGAGAGUAAGACUGGCUUUUUUGCACCCAAAAAUAGCUAACGGAAAACAUGGAUUCCAUGUCCAUGCGCUACCUGUCGCAGAAGGUGGCAAUGAUUGUUUGACAACUGGAGGCCACUUCAACCCUGACGGAGUAGAUCACGGAGCAGCGGGUGGUCCAGCAGCUUCUCAUCAUGUUGGAGACUUCGGGAAUGUGCUCGCAAGGGAUGGUUUUGUUCUAGAGAAAAUUGAUUAUACAGUGGGUCCGGGAAUUGAUCAGGCCGGAUAUAACUACGUAGAAGAAGAUAGGUUUGCUCUGGACGGAGAAAAUUCUAUCAGGGGACGAGCUGUAGUCCUUCACGCGGGUACAGAUGACUUGGGUCUUGGUGGGGACGAAGGGAGCCGAAAGACUGGUAAUGCAGGAUCACGGUUAGCAUGUUGUACUUUGGAAUGAGCAGAGGAAACGUGUAACCAUCAGAGUUUUCAGGGGGAUAAAUAUUUAGUGACCUACUAACCUGGAAAAACAUUCGGAUCAAACUUCUUUUGAAACUUGGAUUUAAUGAUAAUUAAACUGAAUGAAACAUUGUGAGAUUGCAUGUGGAGGCCGAGGGUUUCAGAAAUUUUGGAUUUAUUGAAUAAUAUAUUUUGAUUA